AUGUCCCGACGAGUAGCCAAGCGCGGCAAGUUCGCUGAGUUCCGCGAACUGCGCCAGUCCGGCAAAAAGAAGUCCUACGACGUCGGCGAGGUUGACGAGCUCUACGAAGAAGUCGACGAGAACCAGUACAAGAAGAUUGUCAGAGACCGCCUGAACGAGGAUGAUUUCGUGGUGGACGACAACGGCGAAGGUUACGCGGACGACGGCCGCGAAGAAUGGGAUCGCCUUCCCCAGUACCAAGAUGACAGCGAGGAGGAGUUGGGCCUACCCGGCAGCAAGCCGCGCAAGUCCAAGAAACAAAAGGAACAAGAAGAUGCGAAACGAGAUGCCAACGAUAGAGACAUCACCGAAUACUUCACGAAAGGGGCCGCCAAAGCCCCUCCAAAUCAAAAGGUCAUCAAAACCGAAGAAGAUGACAAGUUCCUGGAAGACCUCAUUGAAAAGGUCACCGCAAACACCCCCACCCCGGUCACACGAGUAACCAAGAAGAGAGAACGAUCAGUCGAGAGGAGGAAAGUCCGGGUGCUCUCCCCAGUACGGGAACCUCGGCCACCCAUGGCAAAGAGAGCCAAGACAGUAGACGACAGGGCAUCAUCCCCAGCAGGAGACGACGACCUUCUACCAGACGACGACUACCUGGCUGCUAUGGACGACGAACCUGCGCCUGUUUCCGACUACCUUAUGAGCGAUGCCAUCAUGCCAUCCUCACCGGCCGCAAAAGUAGCAACACGGAGGACGUUCGGUAGGUCGGAACCUAAAAAGAAGGAAGAGGAUGAGGACGAAGAUGAGGACAUGAUGGAGGUUGCCCAUACUGGAGCGGUAACAGCUGCCAGUGUCAACAUAUCAGCAUCCCGUCAAGUCAAGAAGAUCCUAAAGGCAGAUCCCAUUCCGGCCAGCUCAUCACCCGCAAGAGCGCCAGCACCGGAGGUCGACGCUGCUUCUUGGAACGAGAUCAAUCAGAAGCUCAACGUCGUAUCCAUGUCACAGAGCGAGGGCAGGAGUGUUGGCAAGAUCGACUAUAAGGACGCUAUCGAAGAAGACGGCAGCUUGAACAUGUUCUGGACAGACUAUACAGAGGUCAACGGCAGUCUCUGCUUGUUUGGCAAGGUUCUGAACAAGAAGACCAAGACCUAUGUCAGUUGCUUUGUCAAGGUUGACAACAUUCUCCGGAAGCUCUUCUUCCUGCCCCGCAAGCACCGUGUGCGAGGUGGCCAGGAGACAACAGAAGGGGUGGAAAUGAUGGACGUCUACAACGAGGUCGACGAGAUCAUGACCAAGAUGAAUGUCGGCAUGCAUAAGAUCAAGGCUUGCACUCGCAAGUAUGCGUUCGAGCUUCCAGAUGUUCCUAAGGAGGGCCAGUAUUUGAAGCUCCUCUACCCAUAUACCAAGCCUGCGAUGGAACCCACCACCCAGGGCGAAACCUUCUCCCACGUCUUCGGUACCAAUACGGCUCUGUUCGAGCAGUUUGUGCUCUGGAAGAACAUCAUGGGCCCCUGCUGGCUCAAGAUUGAGGAUGCCGACUUCACUUCCUUGAGGAAUGCCUCGCACUGCAAGCUGGAGGUCCGGGUAGAACAUCCCAUGAUGGUGUCGGUUCCAGACAACGUUGAGAGCAUCGAGCCUCCUCCUUUGACGUUGUUGAGUCUUGCUAUGCGCACAGCAUUCAAUCCCAAGGAUAACAAGCAGGAAAUUCUCUCGGUCAGCGGAAGAGUUUACUUCGAUGUGUCGCUCAGUGACACCACUCCCGCAGACAAGCUUGCUUCUCGUAGCUUCACCGCUGUUAGACCUUACGGUAGCGCAUUUCCUAUCGGCUUUGAGACCCUUGCCAAGGAACGAGGCAGAGGUGUGCUGAAGCUCUUCAAGCAGGAACACGAGAUCUUGAAUUUCUUGCUCGCACAGAUCGACGUUGUUGAUCCAGAUGUUAUUCUUGGACACCAGCUGGAAGGUGUUGACUACAGUAUUCUGCUGAACCGGCUGCACGAGAAAAAGACACACCAAUGGUCUCGUCUGGGUAGACUCAGGCGCUCACAGUGGCCAUCAUCCAUCGCCAAGAUGGGUGGCAACGUGUUUGCAGAACGCCAGAUAAUGUCUGGCCGUCUGCUAUGCGAUCUUGCCAACGAUGCCGGUAAAUCAGUCAUGACCAAGUGCCAGAACUGGAGCUUGACUGAAAUGUGCAGCUUAUAUCUGGGCGGCGAAACUCCCAGGAGGGACAUUGACAACGAAGUCGCCCUGAAGACGUGGGCUAACGCUGACAAGCAUGGUUUGAUGGACUACAUCUCGCAUGCCGAGACCGAUACUUACUUCAUCGCGGCUCUUGCACUGAGGACUCAGAUUCUGCCUCUUACCAAGGUCCUCACCAACUUGGCUGGUAACUCGUGGGCAAGGACACUCACCGGUACGCGUGCCGAGCGAAACGAGUACAUUUUGCUUCACGAGUUCCAUCGCAACAAAUAUGUCGUUCCGGACAAGCAGACUUUCAAGGGUCGCCAGCGCAUUGAAGAGGAAAAUGCAGAAGAGGAAGGCGGAGAAGGAGCAAAGAAGAAGGAUAAAUACAAGGGUGGUUUGGUCUUCGAGCCAGAAAAGGGUCUCUACGACAAGUUCGUUCUUGUCAUGGACUUCAACUCCCUUUACCCUUCCAUCAUUCAAGAGUACAACAUCUGCUUCACUACAGUCGAUCGAACAUCACUAUCCGAGGACGAUGAUGCUGUCCCUGAGGUUCCCAAAGAACAGGCCCAGGGCAUCCUCCCCAAGCUAAUUGCUACACUCGUUAGCCGGCGUAAACAAGUCAAGUCCCUGAUGAAAGACAAGAAUGCCACGCCUGAAGAGCUUGCUACUUGGGAUAUCAAGCAGCUCGCCUUGAAGUUGACUGCCAACUCCAUGUACGGCUGUCUUGGCUAUACCAAGUCGCGCUUCUACGCCCGCCCUCUUGCCGUACUUACCACCUACAAGGGCCGUGAGAUUCUGCGAAGCACCAAGGAACUGGCAGAGAGCAACUCGCUUCAGGUCAUCUACGGUGAUACUGAUUCCGUCAUGAUCAACGCCAACAAGGACAACGUCGCAGAUGCCCUGCGUGUCGGCCACGAGUUCAAGAAGGCUGUCAACGAGCGGUACCGCCUCCUUGAGAUCGAUAUCGACAAUGUCUUUAGGCGCAUCCUCCUCCAGGCCAAGAAGAAGUAUGCUGCCAUCAACAUGGUCCAAGUUAACGACAAGUGGGUUGAGAAGAUGGAGGUCAAGGGUCUCGACAUGAAGCGUCGUGAGUACUGCGGCUUGUCCAAGGAGAUCUCGAACCGUAUCCUCACCGAGAUCCUCUCGGGUGACGACACUGAGGUGUCCGUCCAACGCAUCCACGAAUACCUUCGUGACAUAUCUGCCAAGAUGCGCGAGGGUGCCGUCCCUGUGCAGAAGUACAUCAUCUUGACUCAGCUCGGUAAGGCGCCCAAGGAUUAUCCCAAUGCCGACUCGAUGCCGCAGGUCCAAGUCGCACUCCGUGAGUUGGCCAAGGGCAAGACCAUCCGCAAGGGCGAUGUCAUCGCGUACAUCGUCACGGGCGACAGCAAGACCACCUCGGAAGCCGUGGCCAAGCGUGCCUAUACCCCUCAAGACGUGCUCAAGGCCGAAUCCGGUCUGUCUCCGGACGUAGAAUGGUACAUUGGCAAGCAAAUCUUCCCUCCAGUCGAGCGUCUCUGCGCCAACAUUGUCGGCACAUCGACUUCCCAGCUCACCGAGAACCUCGGCCUCGACGUCCGGCGCUACUCCUCCAACACCAACAACAACAACUCUUCCGGCCCACAAGACCUCGAAAUCCAUCCUCUCGAGUCCCAAAUCCCCGACUCCCUCCGCUUCCAAUCCUGCGCCCGCCUCUCUCUCCGCUGUCGCAGAUGCAAGACCUCUUCACCCUUCGAAGGCCUCGCCUCCCCCUCCUCUGUCAACAACGUUACCCCCUCCGGCAUCCAAUGCCCAUCCUGCCAAUACGUCCUCCCAACUAUCAGCGUCGUCGCCCAAGUCGAAGCCGCUGUCCGCGCCCAAACGGCGCGCUACUACGAAGGCUGGCUCGUCUGCGACGACUCCUCAUGUGGCAACCGCACGCGCCAGAUCUCCGUCUACGGCACGCGCUGUCUCGGCUCCAAAGGUCUGGCGAGGGGCGAAUGCGGCGGCCGCAUGCGGUACGAGUACAGCGAGAGAGACAUCUACAACCAGCUGGUGUACUUUGCUAGCUUGUGGGACGUGGAUAAGGCCAAGAGAAAGGCCAAGGGAAAUAACGAUGAAGAUGGUGAUGCGGAUGCUGCUAAGCUAAGCGCCGAGGAGAAGGAGAGGGUGGCUAUCAUGGCGGAACGUAAUCGCGUGAGGUUCGGGACGGUGAAAGGCGUGGUGGAAAAUUAUUUGGAUAAGUGUGGUAGGAGGUGGGUGGCUAUGGGUACGCUGUUUGCUAAGUUGGGGUUUGUUGCUCAGUGA